CUCUCAAUCGAUCAGUUGACGAAAAGCUUCGCUACAGUUCAGGAAAGGCAGUGGUGUAAUAGAUCAAAUUAGAAAUCCUACCCCCAGAGUGUAUCAACAUACGCAAGUGUCGAUCCGUAAACGAUGAUUUCACGUAUUCUUGCAUCCACCGUACCGGCAUGCCGGCGUGCCGGAAGUAGAGCGGUGUUAGUAGAGUUGGCGACCCGAAGCAAUGCCUGCGGAUCAGUAGUAGUGCUGAGCCAACGGCGUUUCAUGAGCCACGAACGGAACGUGGUACAGUCGCCAUUCGGCAGUGUAGACAUUCCGGAGAAGAAUGUUACCGAGUACAUCUUCGAGGGCUACGAAAAGUAUGCAGACAAACCGGCUAUCACAUGUGGAGCUUCGAAGCGAUCGUACACGUACGGUAUGACUCACGAGAUGGUCAAGCGUAUGGCCUGUGGUUUGCUAUCGCAGAAGGGAUGUGCUAUGCGCCAGCACGAUGUUUUGGGUUUGCUGCUACCCAACAUACCCGAAUUCGUACCGGCACUGCACGGCGGCUUGUUGGCGGGGUUGACCGUCACGUUUGCCAAUCCCUUGUACACAGCGGAGGAAGUAUGUCGACAGUUUGAAAAUGCCGGCGUGACGGCCAUCGUCACCCUACCGAUGCUGCUUCCGGUGGCGGAAAUGUUCAAAUCGAAGAUGAAACACUACAAGGGUACCAUCUGCAUCGGAGGAAAGCACGAUCUCGAUAAGAAUAUCUACGGGUUUGAGCAAUUUUUGAAAGAAAAUCAUCGCAGUGAGCUCCCCGAGAUUGAUUGCCACAAAACGGCCAUUCUACCGUAUUCCUCCGGCACUACAGGAUUGCCCAAGGGCGUGGAACUGUCUCACUAUAAUCUCGUGGCUAACCUAGCGCAGGGAUCGCAUCCAGCCAUAUCGAAAUACUACCAACCCGAAUAUCUCGAGAAGAAGGAGACUAUACUGACGAUACCGCCUUUCUUCCAUAUCUAUGGAUUGAACGCUAUUUUGCAUAUGGUUAUCAAGUCGAAAAAUCACGUCGUUUCCAUCCCCAGAUUCAUCCCGGAAGACUACAUCCAGUGUUUAGCCGAGUUCCGGCCCCAGUUCCUGUUCGUGGUACCGUCGCUGCUCCUCUUCCUAGCCACCCAUCCGAAGGUGACGCCCGACCUGCUGUCGAGCGUGGAUUCCGUGCUGGUCGGCGCUGCGCCGGCCUCGCUGCAGCUGCAGGAAAAGUUCAAGAACAAAGUAGGCCGCGAUAUCGAUAUCGCGCAAGGGUACGGCAUGACCGAAAGCUCGCCCGUUACGCUCUGCACGCCCCACCGGUAUGACCUGUCGAAGGUUGGCACCUGCGGUCAGCUGUACCCCAACACGGAGGCCAAGAUUGUGUCGCUGUCGGACGGUAGCAAUCUGGGGCCGCACCAGACGGGCGAGCUGUACCUGCGGGGGCCACAGAUUAUGAAGGGCUACUUGAACAACGAGACCGCCACCAGGGAAACGCUGGUCGAGGAUGGCUACCUGCGCACCGGCGACGUUGCGUACUACGAUAAGGAAGGGUUCUUCUUCAUCGUCGAUCGGACGAAGGAGCUGAUUAAGGUUAAGGGCAACCAGGUGUCCCCCACGGAGCUGGAAAACAUUAUUCUCGAGCUGCCCGAAGUGAGCGACGUGGCAGUGGCCGGCGUACCGGACGAAACGGCCGGCGAGCUGCCGCGUGCAUUCGUUGUGGUUAAGCCGGGAAGCCAGCUGGACGAGCGGGAGGUACAGGACUACGUGAAGGAGCGGGUGGUCAAGUACAAGCAGCUGGCCGGCGGUGUAGUAUUCAUCAAGGAAAUACCCCGUAACGCGGCGGGCAAGGUCGUCCGGCAGCAGCUACACACGCUUGCCGCCCAGUUCGAGGACUGAGCGAGGCGGCAGCGCUGCAGAGCAGCAGGCGGCUGCUGUUGCUAGGGCCGGGCCGGGAAAAAAGCUGUUCUUUAGCUGAUUAGCGACCACCACCAACCAUUACUUGUACAGAGAAAUAAAGUGCGUAGUUUUCAGCUCCA